AAAAAGAACAAACAAGCAAACAAACAAGGGUAUGCCAUUUUUAGUUCCUUAAGACAACCCCAUUGGAUAAAUUUCGAACAAAACCUAUCAUCCAUAACCCAAAUUUAUCAAUUGACAAUCGAAGCUGUUAAGGUUUGAAAAGUUUGUUAUAACAUAUGUCUGCCUCACCCCUGUUUUCUCUCCAUCUCCUAUUCAUUGUUACUAAGUUUUGUUUGCAACAGAGGAAAAUAAGGGAGAAAAAAACCCUCAGAAAAAAAAGCAUCAAUCAAGGAAAAAAAGAAAAAAAACUGCACUACCAUCCCCGCCGGAAACGCAGUCGAUAUCUCACCCCCUCCCAAAAACCAAACAAAAAGCUCGCUCUAACUCAGCCAGCCAUGACCACCAGCAAUAUUCCAACCAAAGGUAACGGCAACACCCAGGCUUGCGCUGCAUGUAAAUACCAACGUAGGAAAUGCGCUCCUGACUGCAUUCUCGCCCCUUAUUUCCCUCAUGAUCGCCAACGUCAGUUCCUCAAUGCUCAUAAAUUGUUUGGUGUUAGCAACAUCACCAAGAUCAUCAAGAAGCUCGAUCAACCCGACAAGGACAAAGCCAUGCAUACCAUCAUUUUCCAAUCUGAUGUACGAGCUAAUGACCCUGUUGGUGGCUGUUACCGGAUUAUAAGAGAAUACCAGAGACAGAUUGAGUAUUACAAGGCCGAGUUAGACAUUGUUCUUCACCAGCUUGCUAUUUGUAGAGCACAAGCACAUCAUCAUGUCCAGGUUCCUGAGGCUGCCGCUGUGGCAGGGGAGCCGAAUAUGAAUUGCGAAAUGGUUAAUGUUGUUGACCCUUUGAGUUUGUAUAACAAUCCUAUGGCUAUGGCUAUGCAACCCCAUUAUCAGUGUCAGCUUCAACCGCAGCAGGAAUCAUAUGUUAAUGUUGUUCAUGAUCAGGGAAACCAUGGUUUGCAAGAAGAUGUUAGUUCGUGGGUUAUGCAGGAUGAUUCUUUGCAUUCUUUGCACACGAAGCAGGAUAUUAAUGGGGAUGAUCAUGAUUGUGAUGAAGAUAUCAAGCCUCUGUUUGAAGUAGCAUGUGAAAGGAAUGAAAACAAGUUCGACACUCCAGAUAUCGUUGAACACCGGUUUGUACCUUCUCCACAAUUACUUACAUCGUCGUAGUCAUAGUUGUUUAGGCUUAGAUAUGAGAAAAAUAAAUAUUGGUUUUGGAAGAGA